AUGUAAAAUUUUAAUUUCUUUAUAAAUAAGAAGCUUUGUUUUUAAGAAAUUAAUAAUGUAAAAGGAAAAGUUUUAAUAACUAAAAAAUAAUAUUUUCGGCGACUUUAAUAUCAUAAUCAGCUUUAAUAAGUACAAAAAAAUGUUUUAUUAUCAAAUUCAAUAUUUUUGGGUAUAAAGCGAAAAUAGCGAAUAUCAAAGUAACUUUUUUUUGAGAAAUUUUAACCAAAUUUUCGACAAUAAAGUUUAAUUCAUCAAUUAUAUAAUUUUAAUUCUAAUCAAUAAAAUGCUCGAUUCUCGACUAUAUUUUAAAAGUAGAAUACUACAUUUUAUGAGUGGGGAUAAUUUUUUCACUUGGAUUAAUUAUUUGGUAUAAAUUAAGAAUGGUUUUUAAACAUCUUUUUACACUUGCUAAUAAAUAUUUAUUAUUCUGACCUUAUAUUUAAGGUUAAACUAGAACUGUUUUUAAACCAAAUGAAAAAGCUUUUAAUUUAUCCGAAAGUUCUUCUGAAAAUAUUUUUUAGGAUUAUUAAAAAAGAUUUAGUUAAAUAGUUAACGCAUCUAGAUCGUUAAUGA